AUGGCAGAUGUCCAGUCGGAGGUAGCGUUUGGCCGUGCAGCAGCAUCUUUUGAUGUGCACGAGUCCGACUACCUGGUACUGGUAUCGGAACGGGUCUCUACUAUGGAGGCUAUGGCGUUCCGCUUCCCUCAAGCAAGUGACUUCGAGGUCAAAGCGUGGGAUGACUAUCGCCACCACGAAGAUGUGGGAUGUCUGCGGAAGCUGUGGACCCUGUCGAGCCAAGCAUCUAAGAAGAAGAUGGAGAGGCUUGCAGGGGAAGACAGCGAAAUGCGGACAAAAGUUACCUUGACCCUGGCCCAAGAGUUGGAGGACAGAGCCAUUGAGGCGGGUAUGCCACCCCCGAUCAACGAUCGUGAACGGCCAUCCCUGCAUACCUUGACAAAGGUGCAAGGAACCUUUGGUCCAGGUGGCUCCUACCAGCACAUAUCUUGGGAGGCCUAUAUCAACAUGGACACAGAGAACCGCCUUCGCAGGGCAGGGAAGCUACCCAAGGACAAGAAGGAGGUGAUCGUGGGCGACGAGAAAUUGGAGCUGAGGUCCAAGGAGCUCGAGAUCGGAGAGACCAACAAGAUAGAGGACCCCCUGGCGCUCCACGACGUGAUGCAACUUCGAGCACGCGCCUUCCAGAUGAUGGAGGUGUGUGGGUAUGGCGUUGCCAUGGAGUAUGGAGGGAAGUUUAUCUCCCUCCUCCGGGCCCCCACGCCAGUAGGCAUGCGUGCGCCGACUAUGAAUGAAGUCAGGCAGACGGACAGGGAGAUCAUGAGCGAGAUCCUGAAGUGGGUAGGCAAAGGUCGAGGCAGUAUGGAAGACGGCCUGGCCCACUACGCUCGAAACCCUGACGAGUCGCUGUGGAAGAUGAUGGCCCAGCAGCCAGAGAAUCUCCCUGACCAAGGGAAGGAGAGGGCUUUGAAGCAGUCUGGCCGGGGAGAAGGUGAGGGCGAGGACAGAAAGCCGCAGGCGGCGAAACGUCCCCGCUCGCCCGACCCCGGAGUUGAUUACGACCGCAACCCUCGCUUCUGCCUGGUGUGUAAGAAGCGCCACGAACCAAGGUGCGCCUUUCCACCGGAGUGGCGCAGAGAGCAGAAGGAGAAGAAGAAAGCUAGGGCCGCUAACGCCAGAGCCAAGAAGGCAGCCCAGAACCAUCCCUCAAAGGUACUUUUCGUUGGAGCAUCCGAAGAACUCCAUUGCAAGGAGGCUGGACUCUUGGCAGGCAUCGGCACCCUCCAGGAAGAGGACCAAUCCUUCCUGGAAGUUUUCUCCGGGGCAAACGCUCCCCUGAGCCAAGCGGUCGCGAGCAUGUGGGGCUUGCAGCCUAUACGUAUGGCCGCCCCCCUCCUUAAAGGCGUUCCCGGAGAAGGAACCCUACAGGAAAGCGGCAGUCGAAGCGGGGAAGCAACCAAGCUAUGGGAAACGCCUUCAAUUGAUCCCAGACGGGCUCUCCUCCCCCUUGAGCACCUGGAAGCUGCGAAGCAGCUGCAGCACCCCUUCGACUCUCUGGCCACACACAAGGCAGAUCACGCAAAGGCGGUGGCCUUGUUUUCCUCUUCUCCGCAGGAGCUAGUAGCCAGGAGGUUUGAAGCCCUGGAAAGGCUCAGGACUUGGGAGAGGGAGUUGCGAAGCCAGCAAGUAAGGGAGAACAAGAGGGCCAGUUGGACGGCCCAGAAAUUGGGACUGAAGCCAAACACCGUCCUCAUGACCCGGCUACAAGACCUGUUGGACAUAGAAGACAAAGAGGUACCCCAGGCCUGUUUGAAAGGCUUGGGUAUAACGGGAGAGGCAGCUGAAUCACCUUUCUUUGACGACUUCCCCGUGCCCCCUUCUAUGUCCAAGGAAAAGUUCCACGCCGGUAAACAUGAGAGAUCAGUUGACAUGAUCGCCAGGGUAAAAUUCAUGGCCCAAAAGGGACCGCCAGAGUUGGCCAAAGCAAUCUGGGAGAAGACCAUGAAGGAAGUCGCAGGUGGCACAAUGGGUCCGCCUAUGACCCUUGAUCAAGUUAUUGUUAAAUACAAAACGGACUUCCAAGUUACCCCCAGCUUCGGUCUAGCUCAAGGCUUGGACGAUCAGGGCAAACAAAAGUUCAGGAGGAUCGACGACCACACAGCAUCGGGAGUAAACCCUUCAGCACAUCGACUCCAGAAGGUCCCUAUGGCUAUGGUCGAUUAUGUCGGUGUCAUGGUGAGGGCAGUGGCAGCGGUCUGUACUAACAUACAGUUCGCCACAGAGGACAUGAAAGGAGCCUAUCGCCAAAUUCCACUGGCGCCGGCUGAUGUCCGUUACGCCAUCACCGCCGUGUACAACCCUGAGAGCCACGAGGUAGUUCUUUUUGAAAUGUAUGGUCAACCUUUUGGCGCAGGGCAUGCAGUACCAAACUUUUGUAGAGUCAGUGAAUGGCUCUCCCGGGUUCUGCAGCGCUAUUUUUAUUUGCAUGUUGACCAUUUCUUUGAUGAUUUCUUUCUGGUUGAGCCAAGUCUGACGAUACAGGCAGGUAUCUUUGUGAUGAAAGAAUCUUUCAAGCUCCUGGGAUUCAGCUUAGACCCAGAGAAGUCACAAACCCCUGCAGCAAUUUGCGCAAUUCUGGGAGUUGUGUUCUCCACUGCCGCCCUUGCUAGUGAGCGCCGCAUCAAUGUCUCGGCAAAGCCCUCCAGGAUCGUGAAUCUUAUUCACACUAUCGAUUCCAUUCUGAGUUCCGGCGAUCUCUCACCAGCUGUGGCGGGAAGUAUUGUUGGAAAAUUCGGUUUUCUAUGUUCCACUUUGUUUGGAAAGGUUGGCAGAUGCUGUACAGCAGCGCUGAGGCACAGACAGUACUCGUCUGCGUACCAGCGUGCCAUCACCCCAAAGAUCCGCCUCUCACUGCAGCUUAUGAAGCAGUUUUUACGUAACUGCCCAGACCGGGAGCUCAAACUAUCGCAUGAGAAUCCUCUCCUCAUGUAUACAGAUGCCUCGGAUGUUCCCGGACGUUCACCACAACGUCUCCUCGGAGCCGUCCUUUUUGAUCCUGUCGAUCACUCUCUUGUCUUCUCUUCUUGGGCAGUCUCCGAUGCCAUAGUUUCACAAUGGCUCCAGAAGGAGUCUUACAUGGGACAGUUGGAACUGCUAGCAGCCCCCUUCGCCUUCUCUACCUGGCAGGCUGAACUGCUGAAGAGUGCGGGUGCCUUGCCCCCAAAGGGUGGCAAGAAGAAAGGAAGCCACUCGGACCAAGUGAGCGAAAGUAGCCAGCGAAAUCAAGGUGCAGACCUAAAGGGCGGAUCCUGGUCCUGGGUCAUGUGUGAGGAAUCGAACUCAGAAAUGACAUGGAUUCGUCGAAUUGUUUUGCUGGUAUUUGCCGAUGGCAACUCUCUGAAGGCUGGCAGGUCCAUCGGAGUCCAUCGCGCACAAGUUGGGCAACAGUCCAUCCGCAUAAAGGUGCAACCUGAGCUGCAGGUGGUGCUUCUUUGCAAGUCAGCGCGUCGCCCGGUGUCACAGGGUGGUGGUUCUGAAGUCAGCGCGUCGCCCGGUGUCACACGGUUCUAUUCAAGUCAGCGCGUCGCCCGGUGUGACAGGGUGGUGUUUCUAUGCAAGUCAGCGCGUCGCCCGGUGUCACAGGGUGGUGUUCUGAUCAGCGCGUCGCCCGUGUCACAGGGUCAAGUCAGCGCGUCGCCCGGUGUGACAGGGUGGUGUGUUCUCGCGUCAAGUCACAGCGCGUCAGCGCGUCGCCCGGUGUCACAGGGUGAUGGCUCUAUUCACAUCAGCGCGUGGAGCAAUUGGAGAAGUUCGUGGAAGGAUGAGAAGAAUGAUGAGAAGAAGGAAGUGGCGGAAGAACGACCACCGAUUGAAAUGUCUCGUUUGCCACCUGGUUGGCGAAUUUUCCAAUCGCGUCGCGAUGCUUCUACCUUCUAUCUCUGGAACGAGCACUCGGGACAUAUGGUUCCUUUGCCAAAGACGCCGCUCGGCCGAAGAUUGGAGGCCUGUGACGGCUUUAGCUUUGGAUAUCGCCUUGUAAAGCUGAUGCUGUAUGUCAGCCGCGUGAUGACUCUGGGAGGGGUGGGCCGGGCGACUUCUUGCGUCACAGCAGGUGCUCCAGGUUGCCUGGUGGUAGCGGAGCGUGCUGCUCCUGUAGCACAGGCCUGUGAAGGCUUUAGCUUCGGAUAUCGCCUUGUAAAGCUGAUGCUGUAUGUCGGCCGCGUGAUGACUCUGGGCCGGGUGACUUCUUGCGUCAUAGGAGGUGCUCGAGGUUGCCUGGUGGUAGCGGAGCGUGCCUGUGACGGCUUUAGCUUCGGAUACCGCCUUGUACAGCUGAUGCUGUGUGUCAGCCGCGUGAUGACUCUGGGAAGGGUGGGCCGGGCGACUUCUUGCGUCAUAGGAGGUGCUCGAGGUUGCCUGGUGGUAGCGGAGCGUGCUGCUCCUGUAGCACAGGACGGCCGCGUUGUCCUGGAUGUGUCUGUCUUCUUUUUCCUUGUUUCCUAUAGUGCGCAGGGCAUUGCGUAG